UGGACCAGUGUAGCCAUGGCGGCUCGUGUCGUUUUCCUCUGUGUCCGACGCUUGUCCUUCACGGCGCUGCCCCGGGCUCCUACGCUGGCCGCGGUCCGGCCGCUCAGUACUGUCCUGUGCCCCGCAGGAAUGCGGACGAGGCCUGUGGUUCCACAGCCGGUCUCAGUACUUACUCAGGUUCCAGGUAAAGUUACACACUUGUGCCGCCAAUAUAGUGAAGCGCCCCCUUUGACGUUAGAGGGAAUUAAGGACCGUGUUCUUUAUGUAUUGAAACUCUAUGAUAAGAUUGAUCCAGAAAAGCUCUCAGUCAAUUCCCAUUUUAUGAAAGACCUGGGCUUAGACAGUUUGGACCAAGUGGAGAUUAUCAUGGCCAUGGAGGACGAAUUUGGGUUUGAAAUUCCUGAUAUAGAUGCAGAAAAGUUAAUGUGUCCACAAGAAAUUGUAGAUUACAUUGCAGAUAAGAAGGAUGUAUAUGAAUAAAAUAUCAGACCAACUUUCUUCACUGAAAGAAGACUCAGAUGAUACUGACGAGUGUCUGAAGUGAGAAUGCAUUUUGCCAUCAUUGCUGACUUUGACAGAAUAGUUCUGUUGGAUUUCUAUUUAAAGUGUCUAAGUGUUUUGCCCUUUGAAAAUAAAUCUGUAAAACCAACAUUUUCUCAACCUUCAGUUUUUCAGUGUCUAUAAAGUGCCUUUUUAUAUUGGCAUUGCUUAAUAUUUUUUAGAUUUGUCUUUGUCAUUAGUAUUCACACAUCUCAAAAAUAUAUGGCUUUUCCAGCAGCGUACUGGAUAGAAAUUUCUGUCCUCCCAUUUCAGUAUAAGAAAUUAAUGUGUUAGUGAUAAAAGGACUUUUUUUAGCCUCAAAAAAUUAUUUUUUGGUUCCAUUAGUUUGUUAUCUGUUACCAGCAUACAGGACUAAUCUUUCAUUCCUGUCCUACGGACCUCUCCAUGAAUUAAUAGAACUUAAUAGUUUUAGAGGGUGAGAGCCUCUUUCUCCUCCUGGAAGCUUAGUUUGAAAUUGUGUCCCUUUGUCAUAGAUCAGUAAGGAUGGAUUUUGCCCAUUUUAUUCUUAGCAUGUGUGAGGUCCUUUGGGUUGAUAUAGAUUAUAUAUGUAUUUCUUCAUCCUUAAUGAGAUUUCGUUUGAGAGAUGUCACAAAAUAAUUGCUCUGCUUUUACUGAAACUUCUACUUUGUAGGAAGGAGAGGAACCAAGGGCCUGUGGUAAGUAGUGUCUGAGAAGGGACUGAGCUGUGUAUCCUUCAGGCCACCAGAGAAAUCUCGUCUGAGGAUGUGGUGGUUCCACACUCACCCCUGCUUCCCUUCUUGGAGGCAGCCAGUGUCACCAGUUCCUUGUGUCACUCUAGAAUGAUACCAGCCUAGUGGGCAGACACCCCCACCACAUACACACACUUUCUAUGGUAUGAAGGCAUUCGUUGUUCCACCCCUUAUUUUAAAUACUUAGAGGUAUAUUGGAAAACUUCCAAAUUGGAGCAUAAGGGGUUUCCUCAUUUGCUUUUCACAACUGCAUUUAUUCAAAAAAUACUUUUCUCGAGUGGUGCUGGGGCUCCAGUAGGGAAUAAAAUAGGUUGCAUGAUUCCUUUGAUAAGAAUGUAUCAUAAUUUAACAUCUAAGGUAUUUUGGUGAUACUCCCCAAGUUCUUCUGGAUAUUUUAACCUCAUGGCAGCUGCACAUUUCAUACAUUUUGCCAAGAAAUGCAUCUGUAGUUUCUGCCUAAAAUCGUGAAGCCCAGCAGUACUGCCGCUAAUGUGACUGCUUUGCCAAUAUCUUGAUUGUACACCUGCAGUGAAAUGGGCCUUCACAUCAUUCUGUAGAUGUGAGGCCUAAAGGAAAAAAUUUGCUGAAUCACACAUACAGAUAAUUCAUUGGUAAUGCCAUCUAGGAUCUGGAUGUUCAAACUAUUGCAAAGGACUUUUUGCUCUAAGAACUUGCUAGAAUGUUCUUUGGGAAACCAGUGCCACUGCAGAUAAGACAGUGAAUUGGCCAAAUGUAUAUUGUUCCAAAGUGUGCAUGAAUUAGAAAAGAAAAGUGAUACUGUAUGCAUACCGUUUUACCACCUUCCACAAAUGCCUUUGAGAAUUUGUACAUUAGUUGUUGGAGUUUUUGUGCAAGUUCCUUUUGUGAGAGGGUGACUUAAGACACUGUCAAAAACGGGUUCUGGCCUGUCUCCAGCCAUUCUCUCUACACACCUCCAGAGCAGUCAUGAGUCUUCUCCCUUUGUCCCCCAAACAAGUAAACUGAUUUGCUCAAACAAGCACCCACUGAGUGUUGAGCACUCUGCCAGGACCUGAGUGCUCACCAUCUAGUAAGACAGAGACAGUUAAAACCCAUAGGACAGUAUUCCACUCAGCAUCACCAAAAACGUAACAGGCCAACAUGUGCUGUUUCUGAUGGGAUACACCAAGAAGGACGUGAUCUCUGAGGUAUUCUUGCUAAAAGCUUUUAAUGUGAAUCUAAUCAUGAAAAAACAGAUCCAGAAGGUGGAACAGACUAUAAGGACUAGACUUUUUUAAAAAGUCAAAUGUUAUGGGAAAAGAGGUAGGGAAACUGUUCUAAGUUAAAGGAGACCACAGAGAAAUGGUGACUUCUUGAAACUGUGAAGCUUGAUUGUACUGGGGAAUAAAGCAUAAAAAGCAUUUUGGGGACAAUUGGAGUGUAUACAGGUAAUAGGACAAUUUCAGAUUUCUUAGGUAUAAUAGUAUUGUGGUUAGAAUAACCUCAUUUGCAGGGGAUUGAUGCUUAAUAUUUAGGAGUGAAGCUUCAUGAUGUCUGCAGCUCUUA